AUGAGGGACGGGAUUGGAUGUCUAAGGAGGGGAGAGGUGGGUCGACAUGAGGGAUGGGAUUGCAUGUCUGAGAAUGGAAGUUGGUUGGUGGAGGCCGGUGUGUGGGUAGGGGAGGGGAGCGGGAGGGAUGAUAUGGGAAGGGAUGGCCUGUUUGUAGAGUGGAGAGUAGGGUUCACAGUAUGGACGGGAUUGGAUGUUGAGGAAGGGGUGGAGAGGGUUCGCGGGAUGACGUGUGUUUGGAUUCCUGCCAUAGAGCGGCAUCAGCGGGUGCUCACCAAGACGAGCAGAACCAUGACUGUCGGGGAACCACACGACAGCGCAUGGACUUCCUACAAGCUUGCGCUGGGUGAAGAUGUGAUGCGGAGGUUCUCGGGGGAGCUGGUUCGGGCGGGGAUCGUGGUGUCGACCCUGCAGGUGCACUCGGCCGUUGCGAUUCCACCGCACACGCGGAUGGACACCAGAGACCACGGGCAGUUGGUGAAGGCUGCCCCUGAUGAACGCAAGUUCAGCAACAUCCGCAUCCAAGGGGGCGGGGCUAAGUGGUACGGCAAGCUCCUAAUUCUCUUCCAGUUCACAGGGCCCGACGGUGCGAAAGUGCAGCGGGCUUUUGUGAAAUACUACGAUGAGGUCUCGCCACCGUGUCCCGUGACCGGGUGCUUGCGCCUUGUGCCUACGACAGGGGAGGAUGAGUAUUCGGUGAUCGAGGUGGAUAGCAUCCUAGCCCUUGCGCACAUCGUACCCUCUUUCACGCAUGAUGACAUGUUGUUGGUAAAUCGGUUCCUCUUCUGA